AUGGUUUCGAUUGGCCGAGACCGGAAGUGUGGUAUAGCUCUAGCUGUUGAUGCCCAUGGUGUUUCCAGAAUUCACGGUUCCCUGAAAUGGAUAACCUUACAAGAUAACAGUACUUAUGGAACGGUGGUGAAUGGAAGGUUGGUGAAGGGUGCAUGUCAGACACUGCAAGAUGGGGCGCAUAUUUUUGUUGGAGAUGUUGAACUUGUCAUUGUUUUUCCACAACAUCAACACAGAAUUUCAUCGUUUUUUGUGAAAAAAUCAUGCACUGUAAAUGUCACUGAUGACGACUGCAUUACACUGAUGAAAUUGCUGCCGCUCGGUUUUAAUUAUGUCUUUGUUCUUGUCGUUUAUUGUAUAUUCAAUUUAUUUGUUUAUCUAGCCUGCUUCCAGUCAGAUGCCCGAAUCCGUGGAAAAUAA